AUGGAUACUGGAAGUGAUUCAAAUUUAAGUACCACUGUCAAUCAUCAUUCCUCCUCAACAUCCUGCCUAUAUUCAGCUCCUUCUACCUCAAGAAAUAAUUUAAUUAAUCAAAAAAAUGAAUGUUAUACUUUCGUGGAGCCUGUUCAUCUACGUCAAGAAUGGACGAUAAGUAAUUUUGCAUCAGUCCUAAAAUUAGCUAUGCCUGGAUUAUGUUUAAGAAGUGCAAUGUUUAAAGAUCCGGGUGUACCUGAUGCUUGUUGGCAAUUAUGCCUAUAUCCCGGUGGAAAACGAGCAGAAAAUGCUAACAAUGUAUCUUUAUUUUUAAAAAUGUCAGCAAUAUCACCUGUAAAAGAAUUAAAUUUAAAAGCUGAAUAUAAAUUUUUCUUUAUCAAAGAUGAUGGUGUAUAUGGUUUUUCAAAUGUAAAUAUUGGAGAUUUUCAUGCAAAACCACCUAAAGGAGGUCAUUCAUGGGGUUUAAGAAAUAUUCCAAGAUCUAAAGUUGAAAGUUGUAUAAGAAGUGAUACAUCAUUACUUGUUGUUUGUGAAAUAGAAUUGAUGCCAGAUCAAGGAAGAAUAUAUUGUAAAGAGAUGUCAAAUAACUUUGCCAGAGAUAUGGUUCCAGUUGAUAAAAAAUAUAUAUUCAGAUUUUCAGAUAUGUAUGAGUCAACAGAUUUAACUGAUUGUAAAGUUAUUUGUGAAGAACGAGAAUUUCUUGUACAUAAAUUUAUGUUAGCAUCACAAAGUAGUGUAUUUCGGGCGAUGUUUAAACAUAAAAAUACUAAAGAAGCAAUAGAUAAUUGUAUAUUAAUUGUUGAUUCAACAGCAUCUGCUGUUGCUAAGAUGAUUGGUUACAUUUAUACAGCUGAACUUCCUGGAGAAUUAGAAAUUGAAGAUGCAGCAAGGCUAGUUCAACUAGCAGAAAAAUAUGAUAUGGAUCAAUUAAAAGCAUUAUGUGAGGAAAAACUUAUAAUACAAUUGUCUAAACUUAAUGUUUGUACAUUAUUACAAUUUGCUGAUACAUAUAAUGCCGAUUUACUUCAACAAGCAUGUAUUGAAAUGAUCUCAACAUUUCGUAAACAAAUAAUGGUAACAGAAGACUGGUUAGAAAUGAAAAAAACACACCCUUCAUUGGUGAACCAUGUACUUGAGCUUAUAAUUGCAUUUGAUAAUUCACCACCAUCCAAAAAAAGAAAAUAG